UAUACUGUUUCCCGGGGAUAACUAUGCAAAGUUUAAUCAUCAAAUCUUCUUCUAGCUGGUACUAAACUUGUUCCGCAGGAACAAAUGAGCAUAAGCACUAUAUAUGGCCGAGGAAAAAGAAAGAAGUUCAUGUCAAACCUUCCAUUCAACUAUUGCACUUCACAUCUGCAAAGUGAGAUCAGCAUCCCUUUACAAUUUGUGAGAUGGUACAGCUUUGGUUUGAGAAAUAGCAAAAGGUUGUUGUAAAGGUUCUUGCCAUGAAUGAUGAGAAGACGAAGCAGAAAGCCAUAGAAGCUGUGGCUGAUAUCUAUGGGAUUGACUCCAUAGCUGCUGAUCUCAAGGAGCAGAAACUGACUGUCAUUGGUGAGAUGGACUCAGUAGCAAUCGCGAAGAAGCUGAGGAAAAUAGGGAAGGUUGACAUCAUAUCCGUUGGACCGGCUAAAGAGGAAAAGAAAGAAGAGAAGAAGGAGGAGAAGAAGGAGGAGAAGAAGGAAGAGAAGAAGGAGGAGAAAAAGGAAGAGAAGAAAUAAUUUUGGUCUGCUUAUAGAAGCCAUGUAGUAAAUGUCCCCUAUGAGUGGCAAGAAAUAUCUUAUAAAACUACAUGACUUCAUGUAGGUAUUCAAAAUUAUAAUGGAAUUUGGUCAGAUUUCUUGUAGGAAAUCUUAUGUCCUUAUUAUCUUUGCCUGAUUAUAGAACAAUUGUAGGCAGAGACAAUUUUGUUAUGAGUCAAAAGAAACAAAGUAAUAAAUUGU